AUGGUAGAUGCCCAGAAAGCCUGUGCAUUGAAGCAUCUUGAUGAUGGUGGUAGAUUCCUCCACACAUCUCAUGCAGAGAAGCCAGAAAGUAUAUACAACAAUCCUCAUCUCUAUCUGAAAAUGUCCCCAUGGCUAUUCCCAUAUGGCUUAGGUGGCAUUGGAGGCACGCGAUUAUCAUUGAGUAAGUUGUCCGAUGAAAAACAUAAAUCAUUAUUGAUGAUGUACCAUGACAAACGGUUCCAGACUGAUCUGUCCUUUCCAUUUAUUGCAUUCAGCCAUGAACAAGUCAAAGCAGGUACCACACAAUCUUACAUUGUGGCUAACUCAAAAAAGUUUGACAAUAUUGCAUCCCAGAUGCUAUCUAUUGAUAAGCAAACUUUGGAAGAUCUUGCCACGUGA